CCCCCGCGGAGUGCGCACGCGCCCGCCCCCAGCUUCGCGCCCAGAUCGCCGCCUAGCUUGCUCGCGCAGCCGCCGUCUCAUCUGCCCACCGACGAAGCAUGGGCGUCCAGGGCUUCCAAGAGUUCCUGGAGAAGCGCUGUCCCGGGGCCGUGGUGCCCGUGGACCUCCUCAAACUCGCGCGCACGGUCUCGCGCCAGCAGCAGCAGCACCAGCAUCGCCAGCUGCCGCCUACGGCAGCCCUAGCGCCCGGGGCUCCACGCGCCGCCAGGGGCUCCGCGCCUCAGCAACCGCCAUUCCCGCCCGCCGCCUUGGGUGCCUACUCCGGGGGCGCGGGGCCUACUCGACACCAUCACCCCGCUCACCACUUCCACCAUCACGGCCAGGCGCACCCCGGCCUGCACCCGCCGCCACCGCCGCCGCCGCCCCCCCCUCCGCUGCCCGGGGCCCGGGUGCUUGUGGACGCGGGCUCAGCGCUGCCGCGGCUUUAUGGCGGCUACCAGACGGAUUGGGUGUGUGGCGGCCAAUGGAACGCCAUGCUGGGCUACUUGUCAGCGCUCUGUCAGGCUUGUGCCUAUCCCGGCGGCGACGGCCUGGAGCUGGUGGUCAUGUUCCCCGGGGGCCUGGGUAAGGACCGGCUGGCCGAAUGGGGCCGUCGGUGCCAGGCCGAGCGGCAGACAGCGCAACUGAUCGUGGGACACGUGGGCAACAAGGGCACCCCUCCUCCUCGGGCCUGGUUCCUGCCACCGGCCUGCCUGAGCCACUGCGUGAGGCUAGCACUCAUCCGCUUCCGGGUCAAGGUCUUUCAGAGCCUUGAAGACCACCAUUUGGAAGUGGUGGCUUUUUUCAGGGAAAAUGGCUUCCAUGGUCUUCUUGCCCAUGACUCCGAGUACGCGCUCUACAAUAUUCCUUCUUACUAUAGUUCCCAUGCUCUGAAGCUGAGCUGGAAUGGAAAGAACCUCACCACCAACCAGUUUCUGAUGCAGGAGGUGGCCAAGCAGCUAGGCCUGAAGCGGAUGAAUUUUCCCAUAUUUGCUGCACUGCUAGGUAACCACAUUCUCCCAGAUGAGGACCUGGCUGCUUUUCACUGGAGCCUCUUGGGACCAGAACAUCCCCUUGCAUCACUUAAGGUCAGAGCUCAUCAGCUGGUUCUUCCUCCCUGUGAUGUGGUAAUCAAAGCUGUUUCUGAGUAUGUUAGUUCCAUCAAAGACCCCUCAAACCUGGAUGUAGUUGGGAAGGAUGUUUUCAAACAGUCUCAGUCCAGGACAGAAGAUAAAAUAGAACGAUUCAAGAAAGCGGUUGAGUACUAUUCAGUCACAACCAAACUCUCUUCACUGCCAGUGGGGCCCUCCUUUCUAGGUUUUCGAAAUAAUCGCCUUGGAAAUCCUCCCAUUCCACAAAAUCAAAUGGGCACUCUCUCUGCUGGGAAGCCGAUGUUUUCUCACCACGUGCCCCAGAAAAUGAAAUAUCCACCACCAUUCCCAGUGGGACCCAACUCCUCUCUUCUCUUCUCCCCCCAUGCUUUGGGGGAAUCCCAUGCUUUUUCUGAGGAUUCCAUGCUGCAGGACAGCCCCUUUGCCAAUUGGGCUAUCUCUUAUGAUUCCUCUGCAUCCCAGUUUCCCAAUUACCUGACUUCCAAAGCCUCAACUCCUUUGGGACCAGACUCUUCCCACUCCUCUUCCUCUGAUGGUGAUGAGCCAGAAGGAGCCAGCUCUGAUCACAUCACAGAAACACUUCAGCAGCAACCUGGAUGGGAGGAUCCAAACAGUGACAGAGGUUCUUGGGUAGAGCCCAUUGAUGCUGGAGUUUCAAAUGCCAGCCUGGGUGAUGGUGAGCCCCACAUCCCAUCUCUCCUGUCUAUGUCUACAAGGAACCAUAUGGACAUCACCAUUCCACCCUUACCUCCAGUAGCUCCAGAAGUCUUGCGGGUUGCUGAACACAGACAUCGAAGGGGUCUUAUGUACCCAUAUAUCUACCAUGUCCUCACUAAGGGUGAGAUUAAGAUUCCUGUAUGUAUUGAAGAUGAGUGUAACAUGGAGCUUCCUCCAGCUGCUAUCCUGUUCCGGUCAGCUCGUCAAUAUGUAUACGGGGUUCUUUUCAGUUUGGCAGAGACACAGCGGAAAAUGGAACGUCUGGCCAUACGGCGGCGGCUACCUGUAGAAGUUCCUUCAGUGAUUCUUAAAGAGUGGUCUGCCUAUAAAGGGAAGUCACCUCAAACCCCAGAGCUGGUGUCUGCACUGACAUUUCGAGAAUGGACUUGCCCAAACCUCAAGAAGCUCUGGCUAGGCAAAGCAGUUGAGGACAAAAACAGAAGGAUGCGUGCCUUCCUGGCCUGUAUGAAGUCAGACACACCCAGUAUGCUCAAUCCAGCUAACGUCCCCACCCAUCUGCUGCUCAUGUGCUGUGUACUCCGAUACAUGGUUCAAUGGCCUGGCGGCCGAAUCCUGCAUCGCCAUGAGCUAGACACCUUCCUGGCACAGGCAGUUUCUACUCAACUUUAUGAACCAGAUCAACUUCAAGAACUCAAGAUUGAGAAACUGGAUGCUCGAGGGAUCCAGCUUGCUGCCCUCUUCAUGAGCGGAGUUGAUACAGCCCUGUUUGCCAAUGAUGCCUGUGGCCAGCCAGUUCCUUGGGAACACUGCUGCCCCUGGAUUUACUUCGAUGGAAAGCUGUUCCAGAGCAAGCUAAUUAAAGCAGGCCGGGAGAGAGUAUCCCUAGUUGAGCUCUGCGAUGGCCAGGCUGACCUGGCAACCAAAGUGGAGAAGAUGAGACAGAGCAUACUUGAAGGAGUCAACAUGAACCAUCCACCGCCUUCUCUACUUCCAUCACCUACCUUUAUGCCUCCCAUGGUGCCCUCUCUCUACCCUGUUUCACUUUACCCCCGAGCCAUGGGCCCAAUGCCACCUCCCCCUCAAGGAAGGAGCCGGGGGUUUGCAGGUCAGUACCUAAGAAUAAGGUGUUUGUCAUUGUCAAUCUAUUUCAUAAUAACCUAUCCAGUAAUUAUUGCCAGUUACAGAAUCAGCAGUUUCAUAUAUAUCUUAUCUCAUUUACGGUCUGUGCUGUAGUGUGGUUUGAAGAGUAGCUUAUUGAAAUGGAGGGGUGUAGCAUAGGGAAGAAAGCCCACUGACUUCCCAGACUACUCUCCAUGGAAGUUAUUAGUUCCUAAGGUUUUGACUUACAAAGUAACUGAUGUAGAAACCAAGAGUCACAUUUUACUUUUGAGAACUGCAGUUCAUGUGAACUGGGUCUUCAUGGUUGCUGGUUAGCCCACUAAUUCCCCGUGUACACAGGAACUUGCAGGAAGAGCAGUGGGAAGUCAGUAAAUGGCUAGUGUCAGCAAACAACCGUAGCUUGAUAUACCCAUUUCCACUCUGA